AUGAUAAGAACAACUUCGUUCAAGGAGCUCCCCACGAUCACGGGCGACUUGGAGUGUCUAGCAUUGAAUAUGCGCUUCAAGGAUGAAACUUUAUAUCGGUGGUGCAUCCACCACUACAUCUCUUUGGCACCCCAAAGCAAUCCCUCCUCUACCCAUCAACCAGGCUCUGCGCCGCCAGGACUUCUCAUUGACCUCGAUAACCCAUCAUCAGGCCUUCGGGAACGGGGAGGGAGUUCCGCCAACAGCCAUAGUACCGCCGUUGCGGACACCGAGAGCUUCGAGCUCGACGACUACAAACCCAUUGCCGCGCGCAAGACCGCCGACGAUCAAGCCGCCCGGCGCGAGCAGAAGAGACUUUGGAAGAAGCAGUGGCUCGAGCAGCAGGACGACAUGAAGUUCUCCCAUAGCAUCCAGUUUAAUGCUGUUCCGGACUGGAGCAGUCAUUACAUUGCCUACAGCAACCUCAAGAAGCUGAUCUACCAGCUCGAGAAGACCGUCCACCAGACGAGCGCCGGCGACGCCGAAUCGAGACCCCUCAUCCGAAAUGAAGAACCGGAAGAUGUCUUCAGCCGCGCCCUAGGCGUAGAGCUAGAGAAGAUCUGCUCCUUUUACGUAGCCAAGGAGGGCGAGCUUCUGGACGAGGUCAACCAGCUGCUUGGCGACGUCGGCAACUUCUCUUCGGAAGAUGAGGAGGAGAACGGCGGGCCUAGACGGUCGUUCGGCAGCGGACACCGACCGGGCAUGUCGGGAACCAACGGCAGAAGAUCCGAGUCGAUCGAUGGCAACCUGGACGACAGCGAUGACGACGAGGACGACGACGAGACCACCGGUCUGACAAAGAGCCGGUCCAGCCUUGGUGGAGGCAGACGCAAGACAGCUCCCAACCUCGGUCACUCCACGACUGAGCUGACGGCGUCGACCGAGCUGACGCUGGGAAGAUCGUUACGACGUUACAGCACCACGCAGGACGAAAUUCCGGACCAGUCCUUCCUCUACUCGUCGAGCAUCAUGCUCAAGAAGCGUAUCAUCAGCCUCUAUGUCCAGCUCUGUGAGCUCAAGUCGUACGUGCAGCUCAACAGAACGGGUUUCCGCAAGGUGUUGAAGAAAUUCGACAAGAUCGUGGACAGGGAGCUGCGCCCCAAGUACAUGAGCACCCACGUCGACUCGGCCUACCCCUUCAAGGUGGAAAGCAUCAAGACGAUCGAGGAGAACAUCACCAAGAUGGAAAAGGCAUAUGCUGAGGUUGUCACCAAUGGCGACGAGAACCUCGCCAAGAGAGACCUGCGGUCUCACCUUCGCGAACAUGUCGUUUGGGAGCGAAACACUGUCUGGAGAGACAUGAUCGGUAUGGAGCGCCGUGCUGAAGCUGCCAGCUUGGGCAGAACACUGCUGGGUAGAGACGGUUUGUCCGGCGCUCGACGACUCCAAGGAGACGACGAGCUCGCCCCCGUCACAAAGGAGGUGGUUACUCCCGUGGGACGCUUCGUCGUCCCGACCUGGGUGGCCAGCACGCCUCUGCUCACUCUUCUGAUUGCGUUUGUCAUCUUCUUCCUGCUCCUCUUCAUUCCCAUUAUGGAGAAGCCUGAGCAACAAAACUGCUUGGCACUGAUCGUGUUCGUCAGUAUCUUGUGGGCUACAGAGGCUAUUCCAUUAUUCGUGACUUCGCUUAUGAUUCCCUUCCUCUGCGUCGUUUUAACUGUCGUUCGCUCAGAGGACAAGCCGCACAGGAGGCUUGACUCCAAGGCUGCCACCUCGUACAUCUUCUCGGCCAUGUGGACCCCCGUCAUCAUGCUUCUGCUGGGUGGUUUCACCUUGGCGGCGGCGUUGUCCAAAUGCAAGAUUGACAAGCGACUUGCAACGUUUGUUCUGAGCAAGGCGGGAACUACUCCCCGGACAGUUCUCAUUGCCAACAUGUUGGUCGCUGCCUUCGCCAGUAUGCUUAUCAGCAAUGUUGCUGCCCCUGUCCUUUGCUUCUCCAUCAUCGAGCCAAUGCUGCGCACAUUGCCCUCUGAGUCCAACAUGUCCAAGGCCGUCAUCAUGGGUAUUGCGCUUGCCUCCAAUAUUGGUGGCAUGCUGUCGCCCAUUGCGUCGCCGCAGAACGUGGUUGCUGUUGGAAUCAUGAAGCCGGCGCCUACCUGGAUCCAGUGGUUCUUCAUCGUCAUUCCCGUCGGCGUUGUCUCGCUGCUCGUGAUCUGGGUUCUGCUCCUCAUCACGUUCCAGCCAAGCAAGGGAACCACAAUUGCCCCCAUUCGUCCCGUGAAGGAGAAGUUCACUGGCAUUCAGUACUUUGUCUCCAUCGUCACGAUUGUCACAAUCGGCCUGUGGUGCGCUAGUCAUCAAUUGGAAGGCGUCUUCGGUGACAUGGGUGUCAUUGCUAUCAUCCCCAUCGUUCUGUUCUUUGGUAUUGGCAUUCUGACCAAGGAAGACUUCAACAACUUCCCGUGGACCAUCAUUAUCCUGGCUGCCGGAGGCUUAGCUCUGGGCAAGGCGGUCAAGUCAUCUGGCCUGUUGCACACCAUCGCCGGCGUGGUCACCAAGGAGGUCGAGGGCAUGAGCCUCUACGGAGUUCUCGUUGUGUUCUCGUCCCUCAUUCUCAUCAUUGCCACCUUCAUCAGUCACACGGUCGCGGCUCUUAUCAUCUUGCCCCUGGUGUUCGAUGUCGGCAGCAACAUGGACGAGCCUCACCCCAACCUGCUUGUCAUGGGUGGAGUCCUAAUGUGCAGUGCCGCAAUGGGACUGCCUACCAGUGGAUUCCCGAAUAUGACUGCCAUCAUGAAGGAAGACCCGACCGGUCAGAGAUAUCUGCAAGUGAAGCACUUCAUCAGCAGAGGCGUUCCCAGCAGUAUCCUCACACUGGCUGUUGUUGUGACCCUUGGGUACGGGUUGAUGAGGCGGGAUAAGUCCAAGAUUGAGACAAUCCUCGCGCAUGGCGACCGCGUCUUCGUCGGCCUCAACAGCGGUGCACUCCGCAUUUACCGCCUAAACGAGCUGCCCCCUCCGUCACCGACCCAAGCCAAUGGCUCCCAGCCCUCCGCGACGAGCCCGCCGCCGGCAGCCAACAACAAUAACCUCAACACCGCCCAACCGCCGCAGAAACCGACGGACCUGCUGCGUGAGAUAGAUAAAUUCUCGACCAGGGCGAUCGAACAGCUUGCUAUUCUCAAAGAAGCUACUACCAUCGUAUCGCUGUCCAAUUACUACGUCUCGUUGCACGACCUGCAGACCUACGAGCCGAUCGAGCAGCUCCAACGAACGAAGAAUGCCACCUGCUUUGCUGUAACCUCCAACAUCGUGAAAGAUGCCGCCACUGGAAUACCGGAAAUCAUCAGCCGCAUGGCUGUUGCCGUCCGUCGGCGGCUGUUGUUAUGGAGCUGGCAGGAGAGCGAGCUUAGCCCCGACGUCGGCGAGAUCACACUGCCGGAAUCAAUACGGACUGUAACGUGGGCCAGCGCGACAAAGAUCGUCUGCGGCAUGAACGCCGGCUAUGUCAUGGUCGAUGUUAUAAGUCAAGAGGUUGAGGAUAUCAUCAGCCCGGGCUCUGCAACGUCGGGUCAACAAGCCAGUCGCUUCGGAGCGGUCAGCAGCGCGGGUAUGGGGUACAUGGGUCUGGGAGGAUACAUGCCGAAACCCCUUGCGGCGAAGCUGUCCGAAGGCGAGCUGUUGUUAGCCAAGGACAUCAACUCGAUGUUUAUCACCGACGAAGGCAAACCGGUUGAGAAACGGCAGAUACCAUGGCAAGCGGCGCCGGAGCAGAUUGGGUACUCUUAUCCCUACAUUUUAGCUCUGCAGGCACCCUCAAAAGGUUCUCUGGAAGUGAGGAAUCCAGAAACAUUGUCGCUGUUGCAGACCAUCUCUCUUCCUGGUGCGGCACAGCUUCAUCUUCCACCACCCAAUCUCAGUUUGGCGCAUGCAGGCAAGGGAUUCCACAUUUCCAGCGAUCGAUGCGUGUGGAGGAUGGGUGCUACCGAUUACGACUCGCAAAUUGAUGAGCUGGUCGAAAAGGGCAAAUACGAUGAGGCUGUCAGUAUUCUGAACAUGCUCGAAGAUGCUCUGUUGCGCAAUAAGACGGAGACUCUGCGGGAGGUGAAGAUGCUCAAAGCAGAGAUGCUCUUCAAACAGAAAAAGUACUACGACGCCAUGGAUCUGUUCAACGAAGAGGACGUCCACGCCCCGCCUGAGCGCGUACUGAAGCUCUUCCCGCCGUCGAUCGCGGGUGAGAUGUCGGGAUGGGCUCAUGGUGCUCAGGAGGAAUCGGGCAGUGACGAGAGAGACGGCGAGGAAGAAGUCCAUGAAAAAACCAACGGUGACAAGUCAGCCAAGGACGAACCCAGCGAGAGCCCAGCAUCCCCCGCGAGGGGUGGCGGUGUUGGCUUUGCAAAGCUUUUCAUGGGACGAAAACAGGCACCCGCACCACCGCAGUCGGACACGGCUUCCAUCAUAUCUAAGAGCAAUGCGUUGGACGUCGAGGAGACCGACAGCAUCAAGGGAAGACUGGCGGAGGACAAACCUCUCGAAGGCGACGAUCUUCUGGCCGCUGUCAGAACGCUGGCUGGGUACUUGGUCGGAACGAGAACGCGCCUGCAACGUGUGCUUGAUCCCAGUACCGGCAAGCUGAAGCGAUCAAACACCAAUGGCUCGACUGAAGACGCGAUGAAGGGCUUCAUGUCACCAGUCCACGGCGAGGAGACGGGAAGCCAACUGGAGGGAGAGCUACUGAGGACUUCAAGAAUGGUUGACACGGCUCUGUUCAGAACGUACAUGACGACCAGCCCGUCUCUGGCCGGAUCUCUCUUUCGACUGCCCAACUUCUGCGACCCAGACGUGGUGAACGAAGCGCUUCUCGCUCAUAAUAGGUACAACGAGCUGGUGGACUUCUUCAGCGGCAAGAAGCUUCACUCUCAAGCGUUGGAACUUCUCAAGCGCUUUGGAACCGCCGAGAAGCCCGACGAGACCGCCCCUGCUCUGCACGGCCCCCAGCGGACGGUGAUGUAUCUUCAAAACCUGCCGCCGUCAGAGAUUGAUCUGAUUCUCCAGUACUCUGAAUGGGUUUUGAAGGCGGAUCCAAAGUUGGCCAUGGAGAUAUUUAUUGCUGACUCUGAGAACGCAGAGACCUUGCCCCGUGGCCGGGUAGCCCGCUUCUUGGGCGGCAUCAACCCUUCAUUGGAGGUCCAGUACUUGGAGCAUAUCAUCAACGAGCUAGAUGACACGACCCCAGACUUCCACAAUCGUCUAGCGGAGUUGUUCAUCAGACAGCUGAAGGAGAAGAAGAGGGAUGACGAGUGGGAUGCAGAAAUGGAACGCUUCGUUGCGUUCCUAAAAACGAGUGGGCAAUAUAGUCUUAGCAAGGCAUUUGGUCUCAUCCCGCGAGACGAUCCGGCCUUUUACGAAGCUCAAGCUGUCGUGCUGAGUAACAUGGGUUCGCACAAGCAAGCUUUGGAAAUUUACGUUUUCAAAAUGAAGAAUUAUGCGAAGGCCGAAGAGUACUGCAACAUGGUGCACAAGUCGAAAGAGUCUGCGUCGUCGUCGCCAGACCGAUCACGGUCGCCAGAUCGAUCGCGGAGACCGUCUUCAGCAGGCGAUCUCGAGGACUCGACACCAUCAAUCUACCACACGCUACUCUCUUUGUACCUGACGCCGCCGCCACCUCACAAACCCGCCCAUGCACCAGCUCUCGAACUUCUCUCAAGGCACGGUUCACGUCUCCCAGCAGCCUCAACCCUCUCGCUGAUCCCCGAUGACCUUCCCGUCCGAGACCUUGAAUCUUACUUCCGAGGCAGGAUCAGAUCUGCCAACAGCGUGGUGAACGAGUCGCGCAUUGUUGCGCGGUUGCGAGACACGGAACUGGUAUCUACGCAAGCCCUUUUGGUGCUCGGCGACGGAAUUCCUGGUGGGCAAGGCGGACGCAAUAGAAGAGUGGUGAUCACGGAGGAACGCCUCUGCGGUGUGUGUCACAAGAGGCUUGGUGGCAGCACCGUCAUUUCGGUAUUGCCCGAUAACAGCGUCGUCCAUUACGGCUGCUCGAACAAGACGGCGUCGCACAGGCCGCAGAGCUCGCGGGCGGGAAGUUGGGCUCGUAGGUUUUCGUAA